UUGCGCUGUCUCACAACACCACCACCACUUUCCUCCUAGCCGCUACUCGUCCGACCAUCUCUCUCAAUCUCAUCUCCCUCUUCCUCUUCCUAGAUCGAUGCACAGCAUAGCUUGCCUUUUGUUUGACUAAGGACGCAGAGGGUAACAGGCAUAGGCGGCCUAACCCAUGGAGGACGAGGUGACGGAGUUGCAUUCCAUACCCCGACGCCGCCUCCAGAAUUGGUAGCGGUGAUGGCAGCUCACUCUCGCCCGCCGAUCUCCGCUCCUCCAUCUCAGCUGCACUCUCCGUCGCUCAUGCGAUCGCCCCUGCUGCCUUCAGCGACCCCGCGGUCGGCCACCCCGCGGACGGCGAUGUCGUGCACGCUGAGGACACCCAGCCGCUGGCCAGCCCCAUGCGGAAGGUCGUGGUCAGCAUGCGCUGGUACCUGGAGGAGAUCACCAAUUAGAGAGCAGCAGCGACAUUUGAUUUUAGGAAACAGCCGGAGGAAGCACUGAGAGGGUGGCAUACUCACCGAGGGGGCUCGGCACUGCCACACCCUCUGCCUUGGGCCCCGGAUCGGCGUUGAGGUCGAUGCCCUGUGGCUGCUUCGCCUCUUCAUCUACCGCCGGCGUCACCGCUCGAGCUCCAUCGCCCCCCUCGCAGGCGACCUUCUCGGCGCUGCCCCCGAAGAAGUCCUCCCACUCGAACGACGGGCUCCACCUGGCCGACGCCGCGGUGCCUCCCCCAACGGACACGGACUGCGACGCGUCGCGUAUUCGGCGCAGGAUGGCGAAGAACUCCUCCACAUCCUCCUCCGACGCCGCGGGACCCUUUUCUCCACGCGGCAGCGACGAACAAGCGGGUCGAGGCUUUGAGGGGAGACGGUCGUCGCCGCCGCCGCUUUGCUUUCGCUGGGAGGAGGAUGCAUCCAUGCGCCCUUCCUGUUUGUGAAAAUGAGUCAACGAGGUUGGAUAUAAAGCAAGCAUCAGAUGGGACGCAAGAUGUGCCUGGUCUUUUAGAACCUCAAGUUGGCAGCAUAGAUGAUGUCUGGGAAAUUCUGACAAAUGGAGGAAGAAAUAGAUCUGUGGGGUCAACAAACGCUAACGAGCUGAGUAGCUGCUCUCACUCGUGAGUUUCUUCCUAUUUUCCAUUCAAAUUAUGCUUUUUGUUUUAUGAUAAUCUUAUCUAUACUAGUGCUUCUUCCUCUUAGUUGGAAUAAGGCAUGCUUGUAUUCAAAGUUGUGUGAUACUAAAUGUAUUUCUCUUUAAUAACGUGUAGGUUUGGCAUAAUUAUAGCUUUGAUAGUCAUAUAAUAGGAAACAAUGGGAUCAAGCUUGCUGGGUUCCUUGUGGAUACCAUGCAUCUUGCACGACUUUUUGAUUCUUCUAGGACAACUGAUGGGGGUUAUUCACUUGAAGCACUUACAAGUGACCCAAAGAUCAUGUCUCAAGGAAACUCAGAUGAUGAUGUUGAAUUAAUCAGUGGAAAGAUGUCAAUGAAAUCCAUCUUUGGUAAGAAAAAAUUAAAGAAAGAUGGAACUGAAGAAAAAAUUAUCACACUUCCUCCUGUUGAUGUUCUACAAAGAGAAGAACGAAGAUCGUGGAUCAGAUAUUCUGCUUUAGAUGCAGUGAAUACAUUAAAACUUUUUAAUCGCUUAAAAGAAAAACUUAUGCAUGUACCAUGGUUUUUGAAAGACAGUAUACAAGGAACAAUGUAUAACUUCUAUGAAAAGUGCUGGCGCCCUUUUGGUGUUCUAUUAGUAAAGAUGGAAUCUGAAGGAAUUCUGGUCGAUAAAGUCCAUCUAUCAAAGAUUGAAAAGCUCGCUGUUGGUGAUAAGCAAAUAGUUGCAGAUAAAUUCAGACGGUGGGCAUCCAAGUACUGUGAGGAUGCCAAGUAUAUGAAUGUGGGAAGUAAUACUCAAAUAAGGCAGCUGCUAUUUGAUGACACAUCGAGGAGAGGUCGAAUUGAGAUGAAUUUUGAGUUAAAGCCAUUGUCGAAGUUAUUUAAGGUCCUUAAUACUGAGAAAAUAUUUGAAGAAGGGAAGAAGGCUCCUCUCAAGUAUCGUACAAUUCAUUUACAUAAGAUUUGUGAAGGUUUGCAAACCGAUAUGUAUACAGCUAGUAGGUUUCCGUCUUUAAGUGCUGAUGCUCUAAAAGUAUUUGCUAGAAACAUCCCCAGCAAUCAGAUUUAUUGGAUCGAUAAUGCAUGUAGUGAUGGGUAUGUCACUGAAGAAGGGAUAAUGGACGACCACAAGCUGUCAGAUAUAGGGACAGAUUAUGAAGACUGCUCUUAUGGUACUGCAUUUGAGGCAUUUGGAGGAGGCAAUAAAGGAAGGGAGGCCUGUGAAGCUAUUGCUGCUCUUUGUGAAACUUCUGCCAUUGAUUCACUGAUAACAAAUUUCAUUAUUCACUAAUAGCUGCUCUUGGUUCGUGACAGCUCCCAUGGGGACGAUAGAGACAAGGAGCCCCUCCUGCUUUGGGGCUUCCCUGUCGCCUUCCCGAGUUAAACUUCAAGUCGUAAGCCUUUUCAUGUGCUGCUCCGCCAAUGAGAGAGGUAGAGGAGACACGUCGCGAGUUUGAUAAACAAAGGACGACAGCGAAUCCAGUUGACUUUUUUUACUCUCCCUCUCCUCGAUUUGCCUCUGUUUUCACUCUAUAUAAACCGUUUAAUUGAUAUCGAGUUGAGAUUUUGAGAUGGGGAGAACACCUUGCUGCGACAGAGAUGACCUGAAGAAAGGCCCGUGGACUCCGGAAGAGGACCAAAAGCUCGUUGUCUGCGUACAGAAGCACGGCCAAGGAAACUGGAGGACUCUUCCUAAGAAUGCUGGGCUCGCGAGGUGUGGCAAGAGUUGUCGGCUCCGGUGGACGAACUACCUCCGGCCGGACAUCAAGCGAGGUAGGUUCUCGUUUGAAGAGGAAGAGACCAUCAUCCAGCUGCACAGCAUGUUAGGCAACAAGUAGAAUUCUUCUCUAACUUAUUUUUAGUGAGAAUUCUACCUCUGUUUUCAUUCUUCUGCUCUUCAAUAUCUAUUAGCUAUUAGCUUUUGAUGUAAAAAAAAUAUUAUUUAUUUUAUGGAUACUGUUGGAAUAUUUGUGAACAGUGAAUAUUUGUGUAUUUUAUGGAUCUAUUAGCUUUUGAAGUAAGAA